AUGGAAGACGUCAUUGGUCCAAUGCUGAAGAGCGACGUUGUCUGGGACACUGCCGCCACUGUUUACUUUCCGCCUUGUGCUGAAGCCUCCGCUAAGACUCGCAAUGCCUUCCGGAUACAAACCCUCGCCGCUUGGCUAUGGGUCUCCUCGCAGUUCCCCUUUCCGCCGACCAGAACCCUCCACCUCACCGACCCCUUCCCCCUUGAGACAGAGCAACAGCACGCCCUUGGUGUCGCCAUUGAAGCUCAGCAACAGCGGUAA